AUUAUGAAUGUGGCGGCAUUCGAAUGUCAACGUAAAAAGAAGAGUUGUUUAUUAUUGCUUUUUGAAAAAUGUUUGUUAUAUUGCGUUGAGUAAGUGGUUGAAGGAAAAUGGAAAAUUCGCCCGACGAAAUACUCAAAAGGUUGGAAGAGUUACGCUCUUGGCAAGGUAUGCAACAGCAGAAGUUGCUUUCAAAGCAAUUAACUCGAUCACAGAUUUGUACAUUGGAACAACAGAAAUUGUGUGAAAUGUUUGGAUUGAGCACUCUAACCUCAACGAUUUCCGAUUUGAAUUUGUCUGAUUUAAACGAAAAACGACCACAAACACCGCCAGUUGAAAGUGCUGCUCAACAAAACACAUCUCUUCCAGAGGAUCAGUUAAUUGGACAAAAUGACACGUACGCCAGCAAUGUUGUCGGAACUCCUCAAAAGUGUUUUCUCGUAGAAACGCCAAUCGACAAUUUCAGUUUGGACGAAUUGGAUGCGUUCGGGAAAGAAACCGAAGAUCAGCUGGACGCAGAUUUCGAAGACAAACCGAAAAAGAGCUUUCUGAAACGGGGCCAGGGAUUGACAGCCCGAUUUAAAAUUCGUCCCGAACAGUUGCGAAUCGAGAAUCUUCCCAAGUAUAAGUUUGCCAAUUCACACAAGAGAUCGAAAUUUUUUCGCGACCAUAAACAGCCUGUCGACGGCCAUCGAUUGGACCAGGUGCCGAAAUCCAAACAAAUGGUUAACGAUUCAAAGCCGGCUGGUAAAAAUUUCGCGAAACAAGAGGCGGUCUCAGAACCGAAAACACAAAGACCUGUUGGUGAUGGACAGUCGCGAGAAAUAAAUUUCCACAAUGAUCUGAGAUCAGUAGCUAACAAGAAACCGUCAUCGGCAACAUGGGCCAAUGUCCUAGAAUUAGAACAAAAAAAUGUUGUGACCAAGCCAACACCAAAAGACAAUCUCUUCAAUACACCCACCAUGGCGGAAAAGACGCAAAAACAACAUCAAGAUCAACGUGACCUUCAAAUAUUCGAGUUGCUCGAACAAAACUUGAACAAUUCGGCCAUUCUUCAGAAUACAGACGUUAUGAAGCAGUUGGUGCAAUAUAUGUUGACCGCGCAAAGUUCAUUGCAGUGUAAUGCACAACAGGAGUUAAAUUUCGAUAAGUCCGCAGUCGAUGUUACCACCGAUAAUGUUGAAGCUAAGCGAAACGUUCGAUUUGCCAUCGAACCGACUGACCGAACUCGUGAAAAUGAAGAUUCGGAAUGUGAAACGAUUGCGUCUACAGACAUUGAAGAGAUGGACCACAGCAAGACCUCCACACCGAUCACAAAGACGCAGUUUGAAUUGUUCAAACAAAAUUUGUUCGCCGAAAGUGAUUCAACGCUGGUGGACAAGUAUUGCAAGGAUAAUACAAUGAAAUUGAGAAACGAGGAGCUGAAGGAGCGUCUCACCGAAUUACAAAAUGAAAUCGAAUUGUUCCGACAGCAGAACGCUACGCUAACGCAAUCGAUGCGGGAGCAUGAAGUGGAAAAACUGUUGUGGGAAGAGCAGAAAAACGAAAUGUUGGAAAAGAUUGAAGACGAACGCAUCCGGCAAGAGGUGUAUCUGCACGACGAAAGAAUGAAAUUGAUUGAUGAGCAGAAGAAAUUGGACAAGCGAAUGAAGGAAGUUCGUGCACCGAAUCGAAAGGACAAGGAAGACAUGGCGAAACUGAAGCAAGACUGUGCUGACCUGCAAAAGGAACUGGCCAACAAGGAUCAGAAACAUAUCGGCGCUCAAGCACGACUACGAGCACAAAUUCGGAACAUGGAAAAGGAUUUGAAGGAAUUCAGCUUGGAAAUCGACAAUUUGCGGAAAGAGAACAAGAAGAUCGAGUCGGAAAAUGUGCGGCUGAGGCGACAAAACAAUAACAAAAUGUUGAAUGAGAUAAACAAGAACAUCGCGAAACUGGCACCGAAACUCGAUACGCAAGCUGUCAUCGAUAGAACAGAUUCGAAUAAAAAUUCCCAAUCGGCUGCAGAGACUAAGUCGCAGUCUGACAUUCAGUCGAAAUCGAAGGGUGCUCCUAACUUAAUUAGAGUCAAAGAAAUACCGAAAACCUGCGGGACAGAUGACUCGGAUGAUACGGAUACGGAUACGUCUUCGUCGACGCCCAAACGGUCAUCGUAUUUCAAAGACAGUCAAAGAUCCAAGCUGACAAAGGAAACGAAUGCUACACCAUCUGACGACAUUCCAAUGUUGGAAUCGAAUUCAUCGUCGAGUCUGAAACGAGAAAUAGUGAAUGAUGACGGCAGCAGAGACAUUUGGUAUCCAAAUGGUAAUUUGAAGAAAGUUUCGGCCGACGAAAUGGUUAUUCGAAUGCUGUACUUCAACAAAGACGUUAAAGAAACAAACAUCCAUGAAGGAACCGUUAAGUAUUACUAUGCCGAAGCGAACACAUGGCAGACAACAUACUUGGAUGGCCUUGAAAUUUGGGAGUUUCCGAAUGGCCGUAAUGAGCAUCACUACAAAGAUGGUCGAAUCGAGGCACAUCAUCCGGACGGUUCCAUAUGCACAACGAAUCCAAACGACAUGGAAACGGCUGAGGAAUGGAAAUAUUUGAAUGGGACAACAUUUGUGAUAAAACGUAACGGCGAUAAGUAUCUGAGCCUGCCGAACGGUCAACGAGAAGUGACGACGAAAAAUCACAUACGACGUGAAUAUCCGGAUGGAACAGUCAAGAUAAAAUAUCCGGAUGGAAGCCUAGAGACGCGUUAUUCAAACGGGCGUGUUCGACUGCGCGAUGCUGCUGGUACGCUGAUCAGAGACUCGGAACCACAGUGAAUAAUGUACUAGGAGUGUAAAGGCGAAUUUUUGGGUUGAAAUUUUCUCUUUAAUAUUUUCUGUUUCUAAUUAAUGUACCUGAGCAACGACUUAAUGAAUUAGGACAACUUAAGUGACUUUUUAUUGAAAAUAAAAUUGAAUUUUAUCCAAA